AUAUCUCCUCCUCUUUAAACCUGUAUUUCCUGUCCAGCUUAUAAGUUCCUCUGUCUUCCUCAGACAUUAUCAGUACGUGUGCAGGACACAAUGGAGGACAGCAUAGAAGAAGACAUUGAGUCUCUAAUUGAAGGAAUGGCCUAUAUUCCCGGCCACUUUCAUCUGGAGUUAAAUCUGAACGGCGAACCCAAUGGAUCAGCUACCCUUCGGCUCCGGGACACCCAGAUGAAGCGGGAGAGCCUAAGGGCUGAGCUGGAAGCUGAGACGGGACGAUUGCAAUAUGCUGUGCGUAAUAUACUGGGUGUGCUGGCGUUUCAUAUGGACGAACUGGAGACAGCAGAAGAAACAUUUCGUAGCAUCUGCCAAGAGGAUCCAGAAAACCUCAACGCCUGGGCCAACCUGGGAUAUGUUUAUGAACGCCUGGGCCGUGAGGUGGAUGAGGGGGGGUGUGUGGAGCGUGUGGCUGGCCUCAUGGGGCGAGAGAUGGGAGAAAACCAAAAAGACUGCAGGCUUAGGGCAGCCCGGUGCUUGGCUGAACAAGCGUACGCACAUCCUCAUGAUGUGGAAUUGGAGAGGGAUGAAGAUUUACGCGAGAGGCUGACAGCGGCGCUGAUGUUAUACAACCGUGCGCUCGAUUAUGGAGAUGAGCUGAUACCGAUGGAGGAAAAAAGAAAUUGGUAUUUCAAAAUGGCAACAAUUUACAUAAGGUUAGAUGGAAUUGUACGGGAUUCAAAUGACAUUGACUUCACAAGAGUGAACUAUUUCAACAAGGGUCUCAAGCUUCUCACUGAGACUCUAAAAUCUGAGAACACGCAUCUCAAAGCCCUGGCCUGGUGUUAUAUUGGUCUCAUGCUGGAGCGAACGGAGGAGUUUUCCACUGUGCCAAUGUCUGUCCAUGACUGUGGAUACUCUGGAUCAGACCCUCUGACGUGCUACGGAUCGGCCAUUAAGCUUGCAACGGAUGAUGCACUCAUACUCAACAGGCUAGCCAAUGUGUUCUUCCUGUCAGGCAAACUGGAAAUGGCCACAGGAAUCUGUAACAUGGCACUCAGUGUUCUACCUGAUGCUGAACUCAAUUGGCAGGCCUACUGCACUCGUGCAAAGCUUAGUGUCACCAAUUAUGCAAAGGAUCUCGACAAAGCAAAAUGUGGCCUAGGUAGCAUUCCUGACCGUCAGAUUCUGAAAGCAGCCCGUGCAGACCUGGAACGUGUUCAGGCUGUUCGACCCUGUUUGAGGACUCAUUUGGAGAUGGGUCAGAUUUACUACUACAUGGGUGUGGAUGCUCUGCAGGAGAGCCUGUUGGUCGAUGAAAUGGCCAUAAACCAGGCCCUGGUCAGUCUAGCUAAAGCUCUACAGUGUCCUCUGGGCUCUACAAUCUCUAAACUACAGCUUCUGAGAGGUCGCUGCCUACUGCUGAAAGGAGAGGAGCAGAACGCCAUUGACUGUUUCAGGAAAGCACUUGAACUGGAGCCUCACGGCGUUCAAGAUACAGCGAUCCUGCGCUGCCUACUGCAGGCUAUUCUCAUGAGCUUCACCCAGAGCGGGAGAGACACGGGUCAUGCUAUAAUCCAGUUAGAGGAAUGUUUAAAGCAGGCGGAAGAGCGAUAUGGAUCUGCUGUAGUCCAGACUGAGUUGAAGGUACUCUGUCGAUCACACACAGAUGAGGUGACGGAGCUCUCAAAAGAUUUGGUGAAGAAGGGAAGAUUGGAGGUGGUUCGAAAGUUGCUGAGGAGUGUACAGCCACAAGAUAAAAAGUAUUCACUGGGAAGAUCUAUUUCUAUUUGAAAGGAUCUAUGGAAAGUUGACUAUUUAAUAUUCUCUCGGGAAAUUGUUUUAUGUGCUUAGGUGGUAUGCACAUUAAGACGAGGAUUAACAAUAAUGUAACUAUCCAUUUCAAACUGGAGGUAUUCAGUUUUGGUAAUGCUGAGUGAUGGACAAAAUGGUUUUAACCGUAUAACUGUGGUUUUAAAGUUGUAAAAGUCACUUUGGAAUGUUGUCUUUUUGGCUUUUCCUCCAGCAACAGGCCAGAAAGCAUGAAGAGCCUGUUAAACUAAAACUUACAAAUUUGCUAUGGGGUUAAAACCACUGAAAGCUUACACUCAAAAAAGUGAUUACUGCAGUAUGUUCAGACUACCUGUUUAAAAUGAGCUGAAACAACACAAUUUUUGUCAUUUUUGUGGCCAAUUUAUUUGUUUGAUGUUGAGUCCACUAAAAUUUGUAAAUCAUUAAGUUAACUUAAGCAUUAUAACAUUGAACAACAUGAAAGAAUUGUGUUGGUUGAGAUAUCUGAUUAGGGGAGCAUGCUUUGCAUGGGAUUGAAUUGAGAAAGAGAAAUGUUGACAAUAGAAGUAAUCUUAGUUGUUUAAAGUUAAUAGAAAGACUUGUCAGAGUUUAAUCUUUACUUUAGUUUGAAGAUUUAUAAAAUGUUCAUGUAAUGCUUUGAGUUUUGAAAUUACCACCUUGCAGAAGCACCCAUGCUUUGGGUAUUAGUAGCUUCAUUAGCAUAAAUGCAGUUCUGAGAUUCAAUUAACUGUAUAUGUAACUCAUAAAAUAUGCUUAAAAUGGCUUUUAGUUCAUUUAUGAUAAUUUAGAACUUUCAAUUUUAUUUAAUUAUUUAAUUUAAUUUAAUUUACAGAUUUCAGAAUGUACGACACAUUAUAGUAUGAUAUUAUCACAUGUAUGUAUGAUAUUAUCAGACCUUUGAGUUUAAGUUAAAUACUGUAAAAAUACAAAUGUAUAUAAACUUUUAUUUGAUAAAAUAAUGUUGGACCAACUCAAUUGCAUUUAAUUGUGUAAACUAUUUUUGCCACAAAAAUUGAUUAGAAGGAAAUGCUGCCCUCAAUUAAACUGACCAUCCAUGGAGUUAUUUUUUGAGUGUAGGGACUUUUCCCUUAGGAACUAUUUCUCUUUGGAACAUUGAAUUAUAUCAUGUUUUACACCAACAUCAUAUUCUCCUGGUGUUUUUAAAGAAAAUUAAGUUUUGAAGAGACGUUAAUUAUGCUUAAUUUAUGCUAAU